UUGUAAAUUGCAGAGUGUUCACGAUCCAACCCCAGAGUUCUUGGUUACAAAGUUAUUGCAGGGCAUGAAACGUUUGAGACAUAAAGUAGAUACUAGACUGCCAAUAACGAAAACAAUUUUGCUAAAUAUUAUUCAAGUUCUGCCCAUAAUAUGUACCAAUGCUUUUGAAACAGCUCUUUUCUCGGCUGCAUUUUCCCUGGCAUUUCAUGGAUUUUUAAGAGUUGGCGAAUUAACAGUUAAUACAAGAGAAGGUGAUCAACAAAACACAAUUCAAUUCGACAAUUUGUCCAUUAAUCACGAAACGCAAUCUCUCUUACUGACUAUCCGGUAUUCGAAAACGGACCAGUUAGGUAAAGGCACAGUACUUCAAAUAGAUAAGCAGGGUGGUGUAGCAUGUCCAUAUCAGCUCAUUACUAAAUACGUCAGCAUCCGUCCAGAGGGUUCAGGUCCAUUGUUUCGACACUUCGAUUUAUCCCCACUCACACGAUAUCAAUUUACGGGGGUACUUUGUAAGGCAGUAAAGCACCUAAAUUUGCCUGGUAUCUCAGGAUACAAAUCUCACUCUUUUCGUAUCGGCGCGAGUACUGAUCUCGCGUUAAAAGGAUUUUCAACUCAUGACAUUCAGAGAUCUGGUCGUUGGAAAUCUGAUUCUUACAAAUCCUACAUUCGCAUACCAAAGUUUUAAUCUAAUUUUAGAUAUACAGACAAUAUGGUUGGUGGGUUCAUCAAUAAUCAAGCACGCCUUUUUGGAAGCUGUAUUAAGACCAGGUGGUACAAAUUUGACAUUAGAAAGAAAACACAUCUCACUGUGGUGGCAGGGUUAUAGUGGCCUCCAGUUAAGUAAAACUAAACAAAAGAUUAGAACUCUUGGAAAGGUGGGCCCUGUACCUAAUUUCAUCCUUAUACAUUGUGGGGGGAAUGACUUGGGCAAUGUAUCGAUCAGAAAAAUAAGGGUGGUUGCAAAGCAGUUGGUUUUAUUUCUAAGGAAUCACUUUCGAAACAGUAGGAUUAUAUGGUCAUUUAUACUUCCGCGUCUCCAAUGGCGCUAUUCAGCAAAUUUAAAAGCUAUGGAAAAUGCACGCAAAAGGGUUAAUUCUGGUAUAGCUGCAAUUGUCUUGCAAUCUGGGGGCGCAAUAAUUCGCCAUUCAGACAUUAAACCUGAUCCAGCUUUAUUUUUACAGGAUGGGGUACACUUAUCCUCGUUGGGGAAUAACAUUUUUCUACACUCUUUCCAGGGGGGACUUGAGGCUAUCGUUGCGCAUGGUCAAUCCUGCUUUCCCAAUUAGCAAGGGUCCUGGGUACGGCUGUUCGUAUAUGCCGCUCUACCCCCACCAUGGUGGCGGAGUUCCCUGGAUGAGUUUCAUUCUGAUCCUCAUCUCAGGGAACUUGUGGCGUAUAAGCGGCAUUUUGGUAAUUAUAUUGUAAGCUUUGACCUCUGCACCUCCCAGGGUCAAUGCUUUCUAUAUAUAUAUAUGGUGAACUUUGAACUUUGAUGUUGUGAACUUUGAACUUUUGAUGUUGUAUGAACUUUGACUUA